AUGAAUGCAAUCAAAGCGAUACUUUUCACCCUACUGGGCGAAAUCGGUAAAGGUCUAAUGGAAGACAGUGAGAAUAGCAUUUUUGCACAAAACGCUGGUGAAGUGGCCGUUGUGAACGGGACAGAGGCGAAUUUGAAAUGCACCCUUAACACCGACCUAAAUAUUUCGGACAUGGACAAUAUUACCUGGAUUCGUUCCCCGCGUCAGAUUUUAACCAGAGGAAUAUUUCGAGUUACAGACAACGAUCGGAUAACCGUAGCACCUCAAGUACUCCUUCGUCGUCGAGACUUCAGCUUGAAAAUUCGGCCAGUGCUGUUCGAAGAUCAUGGGGAAUACCGCUGUGCCGCAAGCACAAAUAACCGUGUGUAUUACCAGUCAACGGUUCUGCGUGUCCUUGUACCACCGAAAAUAAUCCGAUCACCAGUCCGCCUGCUUAAAGUGGAUGAGGGAGCGAAGCUUCAUAUUGAAUGUUCCGCUACGGGAAAUCCAAACCCUGAGGUUACAUGGUUCUUCAAAAGGAACAAAUCCCAAGGCAGCACCAAUGGAGAUGAGACACUUGUGCCGUUUCGUGAAGCAUUCCCGAAAUUUUACAAGGGUUGGUUAAAAUUCGAACACUACCUUUAA